AUGACAGAGGUACAUCCAAACAGAACAAUAUUAUUUGUACAAUUCAUCAAAUUGAUAGGAAUAUUCUUCAUUGUAUCAAUAGUUUCAAAUAAUAUUAUAUUUAUAAAUGCACAGGUUCCAACUUUCAAGUAUUCAUAUCCCGUAGCUGAAUCAGAGGUGGCAUCUAUAGACUAUUUAAUCAAACAAUAUGUAAUGUAUGCAAAGGUAGAAAAUAAUACUUUAUACUCAAAUGUAUCUAGAUUAUUUCUAGUAAAGAAUUUAAAUGUUGUAGAAAUUAAUUCACCAACCAACGACCCAAUACCACCAUGGCUUGAUAGUGGAAGACCAGAUAUGACAGUAACAAGUCUAAACUUUACAAAACUUGAAUAUUUAUUCCUCUAUCGGUAUCCAAGAGAUGGUUCAAAUAACAUAUUAGAGUUAACGAGGGGUAUGCCAUCAUUGAUCGAAAUACAAGUCAAUGAAUUGAUAACAACCAUACCUGAAGGUUUCCCAUUCACUAAAAAAUUACAAAAAAUAAUGUUCAAUUCAAUGAUAACAUUACCAAAGAAUUUAAAUAAUGAAGUUUAUCCAUCCCUAACUAGAUAUGAAAUCAGUAGUCAUAAAGAACCAAUGCCUGAUGGGUUUGGAGACAGACUAUUCGCUUCUUUUAUAAUGAACCUACAAGGGUAUCUACCCUUUAGAUUACCAGAUUCAUUGGUGACGGCCAAUUCUCUAACCUUGAAACCAAUUAGCAGUAAUCCAGAAUACAUAGCUCAAGCCUACCAAUGUUUUAAUGGAACUUUUAUGCUUAGUGAAAGUUAUCAAGGAGGUUUCAUAAAAGAUUUUCCAAAUAAUAUUUGUAAUAUUAGUGUAACAUCAUUAAGAUAUAAUGGGAAUAAAGUAACUAUACGUGGUAAUAAUAUAAUGAGAGGACAGAAUCAAUAUGGAACCAAUAUUAGAUAUGCUGGUGGAACUCUCAAUCAACUUGUACCUGGUUCAAUGUUGGAAUUUACUAGAAACACUCCAGGAAUGAUGGAAGAAUUUGUUCCAAUUGCAAAUCAUAGUCAAAAAAAUUUAUUAUUAUCUAUUGCUGUUUCAUUUACUCGUAUUAAUCUUGGUCAUUCAAAAGUCAUCACACAAGUUCCAUUUGGAGUAGUCGUAACCGUAGAUAUUAAUUACAAUACCAACAUUGAACAUAGAUUGUCAUUGAAUGGAGCGACUUGUAAAUUGGGAUCCCUUAAAUUGUAUAAUGAACCCUAUAAACAAUGA